CAGGCGACACUUCCUUGGAGAGCGAUAUCUCGAGUGCAUGGUACUUUCCACAAGUACAAACUUGAAUUUUUCAAAGCUAUCGACACCAGUCACGUCGGUUUUGUCAGCUAGUCUCAAGCUCACUUUCAAAUUCACAGUUCAAUAAAUUUACAAAACCACUAAAUAAAAAUUUGCGACAAAUUCCAUGACCGAUAAGUGAAUACGAUAAUUCGAUAUAUUUUCCAAAAUUUCGAUCACUCUCUCACCAACCAACUAAUGACAAUAAUAAAACAAAUCGCAUGGUAUUUAUUAACUUUUUCAUGCUCACUUGACCAUAAAGUUAUUGUCUCAUGCAUCAACGUCUAUUUCAUCUGCGCCCAGACAUCAAUUACAAUACCACACGCCAAGACAUUAAUUUAUUAUCGACAGAGUGCCAGUGAUCGAUAUGACCGCCUGGAACGUCGCUCUUGCGUUUAUUAAAAAAUUUUUGUUUCCUCUUCGAGGAUUGAGUAUUGAUAGAAUACUGAGUUGGUAGAUCGAGGUGCAGCUUGCGGCAGCAUUUAUGAAAUGACCGACGAACUAUUGUUCUCAGUCCUGGGCUUUAACACAGACGGCACCGAGAUGUCAUCAUCAUACAAUCCCCUAUCCCUACCCAUCGAUUACGAGGCAGCAUGCACCCCCCAGAGUGAAAAUUCAGAAAUGGAAAUUCAAUCGCCAUCAGUGGAUUCAAUCGAGUGCUACACGGAUUUAACGUACUCCCCGGAGGUACCCUGGAGUGAUUGGGCAUCAGCCAAUGUAACUGAUUGUCUAAGUGACCUAGGUGAUUUAAACUCAGAGCUCGACUGGUGUUUAGAUAAGGUCUGGAGCUCAGGCCUGCCAGAGAGGACACCAAUGUGCACACCAGGAUGUGAAAGAUUUCUACAUCUGCCAGUGGUCCAGCCACAGCAAUCCCCUCAGUGUUUUCAACCUGACGAGCCCCUUCUCGUUCUGGGAAUCGAUUUGAGAUCUCUAGAGAGCACUCUCAACAUGGACUUCAAUAAUAACAGAGUUGGUGAUGAUUUCUUGAGCAACAAUGCAGAUGCUGCCCUUGCUACCCACGAUUACACUAAUCGCAGUGUGGAAACUGCUGUUACCGAGGAUCGAUGCUUUCCCUGCACCUACCAGGGUUGUGUCAAGGUAUACGCCAAAGCUUCGCACCUCAAAGCCCACCUCCGUCGCCACACAGGGGAAAAACCAUUCGCCUGUACCUGGACAGGUUGCGGUUGGCGUUUCAGCAGAUCUGACGAAUUAGCUCGACACCGACGAUCUCACUCGGGUGUAAAACCCUAUCCCUGUGAACUAUGCAGCAAGAGGUUCGCCAGAAGCGAUCACCUCGCCAAACACCGAAAGGUUCACCGAAAAAAUGCCUAUUCGAUGAUCCAAGAGAAUCGCGGUAGCUUCAGUGGAAAAACGAACAUCAUCACCGAGUUAUAAUUCACCCACUCAACUAAUAGAAUCAAUCUACAAUUUGCCAAAGAAUUCAAACAACAAACAGUAUGAAAAAGAAUUUUUCCAGAGGCGUAGCUCAAUCUGAAGUUUAAAUCAGAAUAAUCUAGAUAAAAUGACAGCUUUCCUAUACGUAUCAGUAAUUAAUAAAAAAAAAACGAGUAAGAAUCUCCAAAAAUAGGGCUUUUCCAAUCAUUCAAUAAUAAAAAUAUUAUUUUUCUGAUGGAAUGCCUAAAACCAGAAAUGUCAUUUGUUUCGGAUAUUCCCAACGAAUCACUUCACGAGGCAGUUAGAUAAUCAAGCGAAUUGAAUACCAAAUAAAAAUUUCU